GGAUAUUGCCUUCCAGCCAAUCAUAACCCCGCACCAAAGAACGCAAAUAUUUGAACGAGCGGUCGACAUUCGAUUGAUCUUCACCACGGUUGACGCUAAAUGGAAGACGAUCGUUGUCUACAGCAGCCUCGCUAUAGUUGGCAACAACACCAGCGACUCGGAGAUAAAGAAGAAGCAAUGGAAAACAGACGUACAGAAUUACUAGAACGAUUGCAAAGUGGGCCUGACGCAAAUGUGACCAGAGAGAUGCUGGAAGAAUGGAUCUGUCUAUUGGAAGAACGCAAUGUUGUCCUCCACAAGAGAAUUGAGGAGGAACAAAACAUCGCAAAAACGACCCAUUUGCAUGAUCUCUACAGGCUGCUGCAAGAUCUCGGAACAUUGCCGUUUUCCCCUAAAGAAACUAAACUAAAACGAUCGCUUGCGUGCCUCUAUCACGAGAUGUCUGCCCACAACAGUAUUCACACGACAGAAAAUCGCAUGAGGUCAUUAUCUGCUCCAGAAGUCAUUCCACAACCACCCCCACCUCCUCCUCUUCCUCCCUCACUUUCCUUUCUUCAAGCAGCUAAAGCACAAAACCAACCACACAACCAUACAGCAUCAUCUCCAUCUUCAGACAAGGAAAAUGACAAGUUAGCAACAAGGACAAUGGACAGUCGAGUGACUAAUCUUCAGACUCCUUUUCGAAGCAAUGCACCAGUACGGGGUCAUGACGAUAUGAUCAAAUUCAUCUCAUCAACAGACUGUCGAAAAAGUCUCCGUCAGACAAAGUGGAAGCGUUCACCAGGAGGAACUCCAGCUCCCAACAAACAUCGUCGCCUUAGCGCUAACACAGAAGGAGAUCUGCUAGCUCAAGCAUUACACAAAAAGUUCCGUCUUGCAAACCGAAGUCCAGCAAUCAGUGAGAAGACUGAGAACAGUUUCAAUAGUCCAAGUUCUGUCAGGGAGCCACUAGGUUGUGUCAAUAACAGCAUGACACAAAUGCCUUUGUCAAGUACACCCAAACUUGAAAUUUCUGAUGAUCAUUGUGCUUGCCCUUCACUGCCAGAUGCAAACGUAACUGAGAAGAACAACAGAGAGGAGGAAAUCCAGUGUAUUGUCAUACAAACGAUUUAGAAGAGCAUCCAGACAGAAAAUGAUGCAUUGUAAUGAAUUGACUAUAAGCUUAGAAUAGUACAACUUGUUUGUAGUUUUGAAAAAGUAAAACAAUUCCCCAAACUGUUGGAAGGCAUCAUCAUGAUAAAUUUAAAUAAAAUGAAAUCUCUUGGAAUAUACUUCUCAUCAGUGGAGAGUCAACAGGUGUGCAUGCAAAGACCAGCACCAUUAAUUUUAUUUGCACUAAUGA